UGCUAGGAUUAUUUAUAGAUAAAAGAGUUUCUCGGAUUUCCUUGUUUCAUUUGUGGUUUAUUUAUUCAUAAGUUACCACAUAUUUUUGGCGACGAGGUAAACUGGACGCGUGUUUCCCGUUUUGUUUUCUUGUUAGCGGUAGCAGCACAGGCUGCACGAAUGGCGACGUUCGGGACUGUCGGCGAAUUCGUGGAGGGAGACGAAGAUUGGACGGAGUAUGAGGAAAGGUUGGGACACUUUUUCGAUGCUAAUGGCAUUAGGGAAGAGGAUGAGGCUAAAAAGCGCUCGAUUCUCCUGAGUGUGUGCGGGGCAAAGACUUAUAAACUGAUAAGGAAUUUGGCCACGCCGCGGAAACCGGGAGAAGUUCCUUAUAAAGAACUAGUUCAGCUCGUCAGCAAUCACCACAAUCCGAAACCGUCAGUCAUAGUUCAGCGUUUCAAGUUUCACAGCCGGUUCAGGAAAUCAGGUCAGUCUGUGGCAAACUUUGUAGCAGAGCUUCGGCAGCUAUCAGAGCAUUGUGAUUUCGGGGCAGUGCUAGACGACAUGCUCCGAGACAGGCUGGUAUGCGGCGUAAAUGACGACGCCAUUCAGCGCCGCUUGCUGGGGGAAACCCCUCCUCUGACUUUUAAGAAAGCGUUUGAGAUUUCUCAAGGAAUGGAGACGGCGGCUAGCAACGCCAAGGACAUUCAGAAAGGCCACUCGAGCUCACACACUGUACCGGUACACCAGUUAAAGAAGGACAUUGCAAAGUCUUCAAGACGAGUGGAAUGUUUUAGGUGUGGAGGCGCACACUAUGCAAAUGUCUGCAAAUUCAAAGACUCGAUCUGCCAUGGCUGCAAUAAAAGAGGACACUUGGUAAAAAAGUGUAACAGUACUGGAAAUAAGGCUAAGAUAGAGAGAGGAAAAGCUCAGCAGGCUCCCGCAGACACCCACCAUGUAGCGGAAGCCAGUGAAGAGGCGAUGUGUGCGUUCAACAUGUUUGGGGUGGAAAUGGAUGAGGAUCCGCCCAUGCCCUAUUACACUACAGUUGCAGUUAACGGAAGGAACAUUAAAUUUGAAAUUGACUCAGGGGCCACAGCAUCAGUCAUCAGUGAGGACACCUACAAGAAGACAUGGGGGUCAAAGCAGCCUCCCCUUUGUCCGUCAAAGCUCAAGUUAAGGACAUACACAGGUCAGCCCAUACCCCUUUUGGGAGUGUUGCAGGUGGUCAUUGCAGCAGGAAGUCAGAGUGCCGAGGGUAGACUAGUGGUAGUUAAGGGUACAGGGCCCAGUCUGCUAGGCCGUGCAGACACCCACCAUGUAGCGGAAGCCAGUGAAGAGGCGAUGUGUGCGUUCAACAUGUUUGGGGUGGAAAUGGAUGAGGAUCCGCCCAUGCCCUAUUACACUACAGUUGCAGUUAACGGAAGGAACAUUAAAUUUGAAAUUGACUCAGGGGCCACAGCAUCAGUCAUCAGUGAGGACACCUACAAGAAGACAUGGGGGUCAAAGCAGCCUCCCCUUUGUCCGUCAAAGCUCAAGUUAAGGACAUACACAGGUCAGCCCAUACCCCUUUUGGGAGUGUUGCAGGUGGUCAUUGCAGCAGGAAGUCAGAGUGCCGAGGGUAGACUAGUGGUAGUUAAGGGUACAGGGCCCAGUCUGCUAGGCCGUGACUGGCUUCAGAAAAUUAAGCUAAAGUGGCACGAAAUUAAGUACGUUCACACAACCGAGGAUAUUCUGCAGCGAUUCAGAGAGGUGUUCAGAGAUGAACUGGGUACUCUGAAAGGAGUGUCUGUGAAACUCCAUGUGGACCCAAAUGCUACACCCCGUUUCUAUAAGCCUAGAACGGUUCCCUAUGCAAUGAAAGGCAAAGUGGAAGAGGAGUUGGAGCGAUUACAGGCGUUAGGGAUAAUUGAGCCUGUCCUGUUUUCGAGGUGGGCAGCUCCCAUUGUUCCUGUCAUGAAACCGGACAAAACAGUACGGAUAUGUGGGGACUAUAAGCUUACCGUGAAUCAGGUUGCCAAGCUGGAGGAGUACCCGUUGCCACGGGUGGAUGAUCUGUUUGCGACUUUGGCAGGGGGUAAGAUGUUCACGAAGCUGGACAUGAGCCAUGCUUACCAACAACUAUUACUGGAUGAGAAGUCGAAGGAAUAUGUAACAAUAAACACACAUAAAGGGUUGUUCAAAUACAACAGACUGGUCUUUGGCGUGGCCUCCAGCCCGGCCAUUUUCCAAAGGACAAUGGACACAUUGUUACAAGGGAUUCCACAGGUAGCAGCAUAUUUAGAUGAUAUUUUGAUUACAGGGACUACCGAGGUUGAGCAUCUAAGUAACUUGGAGCAGGUACUGAAAAGAAUCGCUAAGGCAGGGUUGAGACUGAAGUGUGAUAAGUGUGUGUUUAUGGCACCAAGCGUGACUUAUCUGGGACAUAAGAUCUCUGCUGAGGGGCUUUGCCCAGUAGAGGAGAAAGUGAGAGCCAUUAAGGAGGCUCCAAGCCCUAAGAACAUCACUGAGCUUAGAUCUUUUCUGGGCAUGGUAAAUUAUUACGGCAAAUUUCUUCAAGAUCUCUCAACGGUCCUGAAGCCACUGUAUACACUGUUGCAACAUGACACCAAGUGGCAGUGGUAUGAAGAGCAGGAGAAAGCUUUCAAAGAAGUAAAAGAGCUACUUCAAUCAGCAAAGUUGCUGGUACAUUACGAUCCAAACAAAGAGAUUACACUCUCUUGUGAUGCCUCACCCUAUGGCCUAGGCGCAGUCCUAUCACAUGUCAUGAAGGAUGGGUCAGAGAAGCCUAUUGGUUUUGCUUCACGUACAUUAACGGCAGCAGAAAAGGGGUAUUCGCAGCUAGACAAAGAGGGUCUUGCCAUUGUGUUUGCUGUAAAGCGGUUUCAUCAGUACUUAUAUGGACGUGUUUUCAAGAUUCAUACGGACCAUAAGCCACUGAUGAGCCUGUUCGGUGAGACACGCUGCAUUCCUCCGUUAGCUUCAGCCCGUAUCCAACGAUGGGCAUUGAUAUUGUCAGCUUAUCAGUAUACUAUAGAGUACAGAGCAGGAAAAGACAAUGGUAAUGCUGAUGCAUUGAGUCGCCUGCCGUUGCCGGAGACGCCUGCCUUUACACAUGUGCCACCAGAGACUGUGUUUUCGCUAGAGAAGUUGUCCGAGACACCGGUCAAGGCAUCUCAGGUCAGGUUGUGGACAGAGAGAGAUUUGGUGCUAUCUAAGGUAAAGACUUUCUUGUUACAAGGAUGGCCUAAAAUCGUUCAAAGCGAAGAACUGAGACCUUAUAUGAAACGUAAGGCGGAGCUGAGCCUACAGGAUGGUUGCAUUUUCUGGGGUACGCGAGUCGUAGUACCGCCACAAGGCCGUGCACAAGUUCUAGAGGAAAUACAUGAGACACAUCCUGGAGUGUCAAGGAUGAAAAGUCUAGCAAGGUCCUACGUAUGGUGGCCGAAAAUGGAUUUGGACCUGGAAAACAAGGUGAAGUUCUGUUCACAGUGUCAGUCCAAUCAGAAAAUUACGGAUAAUGGUCCAACAUUCACCAGUGAGCUGUUUAGUGAGUUCAUGGAUCAGAAUGGCAUCCGCCACAUUCGUACAGCUCCUUUCCAUCCCGCUUCAAAUGGAUUGGCGGAACGAGCUGUCCAGACAGUGAAGGAGGGUCUGAAGCGCAUGACAGGGGACUCACUGAGUGCUAGGCUUUCAAGGUUCUUGUUUAAAUAUUGUCUCACGCCACAGACCACUACUGCAAGUACGCCAGCGGAGAUGUUGAUGGGACGCAGGCCGAAGUCAAGGCUGGAUUUGCUGCGUCCGGAUAUGAAAGAAAAGGUGGGGCGAAAACAGGAAAAGCAGAAGGAGGGCCAUGAUCUGCAGGCACGAGAGAGACUACUGAAACCAGGAGACAAUGUCUAUGUGAGAAAUUUCAGCAGUCACCCAAAGCAACCAUGGCUGCCUGGGGUUAUCCUGAUGCAGAAUGGGCCUGUCUCCUUUGUCAUUAAACUGACUGAUGGACGAGUGUUCCGCAGACAUCAGGAUCACGUGCGUCUGCGGUAUGAUAAAGGCACAGGGAGUGUCAACGAAGAAGAGUUUCCACUGGGGGCUACGGAAGGUGCAUGUUCGCCAGAGGAAGCUUUAUCAGAGAAGGUGUCUGUGUCACCUGCCGUGCAGGCACAGGAGCUCCUGGACGCAAUGACCCCUCUUGUGGCCGCAGCAACAGACUUACCCAAAGCACCAUUCCCCGUGGUGAUUACUGCAUCAGAGGAGACAGUGCGCAGAUCACAGCGUGUUCGGAAGCCUCCUGACCGAUUGAAUAUUUGAGUUCUUGGAUAUUAAUUCAUAAGAGUACGUGUUAUGUUUUGUAUGUAUGUGCCUGACUGAGCAUUAAUAUCGAGGCAUUAGAGUGAGCAUAGGUGUAAGUAACUGAUACUAGAGUCAUUUUGUUUUGUCAUAUAUGACAGUUGAGGAAGUUUAGGAACUUAAUGGGAGAGGAGUGUUAUAAUGUUAAUGUUAAAAGUAAAGUUGUUUGGCAUUUACCGCUAGGGGGUGCUCCUAUGCCUUAAAGAGAAUGGGUGUGUGCUUCUUCUAUGGUAGAGAGGUACGCCUGAGUUUUUCUAGUAUAG